ACUAAAAAGUAUUGCAACCAUGCCUGCCGUUAUGCCUGAAAAACCCUUUCAUGGAAUUCAUGGAUUAGGCAACACUACCAGUCCUCCACAUCCUAGAAGGUUGGAGGGAAAAGUUGCUAUAGUAACAGGCGGUGCACGAGGCAUAGGAGAAGCAACAGCUAGGCUUUUCGCAAGACACGGCGCCAAAGUAAUCGUUGCUGAUGUGGAGGAUUCUCUCGGUGCAGCCCUGGCCAAUUCCUUAGGCCCUUCAGUCACCUUCGUUCACUGCGACGUUAGCCUUGAAGAAGACAUCGAAAACCUAAUCCAGUCCACCGUCUGCCGCUACGGGCAACUCGACAUUAUGUUUAACAACGCCGGAAUCCUUGGAAACCAAUCCAAACACAAGAGCAUCGUCAACUUCGACGUUGACGAGUUCGACCGCGUGAUGCGCGUCAACGUAAGAGGCACCGCCUUGGGAAUCAAGCAUGCGGCGCGUGUAAUGAUUCCUGGGGGAGGAGGCUGCAUAAUCUCCACCGCGAGCGUCGCCGGGGUCACCGGAGGGCUAGGGCCACAUGCCUACACAGCUUCCAAGCAUGCCAUUGUUGGCUUGACGAAGAACGCUGCCUGUGAACUAGGCCGGUAUGGGAUCAGAGUGAACUGUGUUUCACCUUUCGGGGUUGCCACGACGAUGCUAGUGAACGCGUGGAGAAUGAGCGACGAGGACGGUGAGGAAGAAGAGAGUGUGAGGUUUGGGAUUCCUUGUGAGCAAGAGGUGGAGAAGAUGGAAGAGUUUGUGAGAGGGCUUGCUACUUUAAAAGGUCCGACUUUGAGGGCUAAGGACAUAGCCGAGGCAGCUCUCUAUCUUGCUAGUGAUGAAUCCAAGUAUGUAAGUGGUCAUAAUCUCGUUGUGGAUGGUGGAAUUACUACCUCCAGGAAUUGUGUUGGUUUGUAGUUGAUUUUAGCUUCUUUAGUUUCAACUUUUUCCCAUGUAUGGUGCUAAUCAAAUUGUACAUGCACAGAACACCUAGAGGCCGGCUUGCCAUUUGUAUUUGGGUUUGUAACGAGUAUUAGAGAU